GGUCUCAUUGACCAAACACUUGCAUGCAUGUUUAUGAGCAAUAUAUUUCCCACAAAUCCCUACGGCAAACAGUGAAUCGUGAUGACGCAAAACACAACACGAGGAGAAACCGGCUGAACUCGCGAACGAAUAAAAAAUAAAUCCUAGACAUGCAAACAAUUAUACAAUGCAAGUUUUACUUCCGAAUUGCCUAUUUGUUUCAGUUACAUUACUUAUGAAGAUUAUUGAAUAGUUAGAAGCCGUACUAGCAGAAUUUCGGUAUCUGCCCUGUGCACUCAUCUGUUCUCGGUUUUGGAAUGGGAUUGCAGACUGACGUUUUGAACAGCAGAGUGACUCAAACGAACAAAUCCAGGGCAUCUGUGAAAUCCUGGAGAGGCGUAAGUGCUGCGGUGACAGAUUCUAAGACCUCAAUGUUUUGCCAGGAGUGUGCAAGUUACUGUGUUUUUUGUCUGCUGCCAGGACUUGUGGGAUGGCCUUUUCCUGCUCCAGGACUCUCUCCAUCAUCGGCAGGAAAAUGUGCUGACCACUUUCUUGCACACUUCUGUGGAAACCGGAGGUUCAUUUUGGAUACUCCUCUCUAAAAAAUAAAAAGAUCCUCCCUCUCUGAAUGACUCAGGCAGCUAUGUAUGUGUUUGGGUCCCAUGGUUGACUGCCAGGUUUGGGCCCCAUGAUUGGCUGCUAGGUUUGUAAAGUGUUCUACUCCUCCAAACCCAACCCAAGCCCUAUAUCCCCCAGUCCUAACCCCUUAGCCCUGUGUCAUUAUUUUGCCUGACUAGCCCGAGCUCCACACACUACUAGCCCUUAACCCUUUGCCUCCAGAUCCCUCUCCUUUCUUUCCUAACACCAGCCACCUCCAGACCCAGUACCAGCCCCAAGCCCCUCUCCCAACCCUGUUCUUCUAGUCCCACCCUCUAUUCCCCCAGACCCCUACCCCUCUCCCCUGGCCCAGCCCCACAUCCAGCCCCAGUACCAUGCUGGGGAGGAACAUGUCCCACAAGCUGAGCGUGCUGCUGAUCAUCAUGGGGCUGGCGUGGGGGCUCAUGUUGCUGCUCUACACCGGGCAGCAGCAACACCACCAGAGCAGUGGCGAGCUGCAUCAACAGAUCCUGGAGCUGAGCCGGCGCUAUGUCAAGGUGCUAACCGAGGAGAACCGGAACGCACCGGGAGGCCCGCAGGGCACCUCCAUGGCUGGUUACGCUGAUCUGAAGAGGACCAUAGCGGUGUUGUUGGAUGACAUCCUGACGCGCCUGGUCAAGCUGGAGGGGAAGAUUGAGCUGGUGGCCAACACUUCAGUCACUAACUCCUCCCAUCUUGCUGUGGGUGCCCUGGCCUCAGCUCCAGUUGCCUUACACAAAGCCACCAAGCAGGACACGCCAGGCAACCACCACCUGGAAACCGCUCGCAUCUCUCCAUACACACCCAGCAGACCUCGGCCAGGGGUAUAGUAGGUUGGGUAGUGAUUGAGGCCCUGUUCAAGUACUUUACAAGUGCAUCCUUUCUUCCUAAGAUGGUCACUGAUCUAAUAAGGUUGAUAGGGUGGUAACUCUCAUUUCACUUGUUUAUUAAUUUACAGAUCAGUGAUUUAUCUCAAGGGAGCAAGAAAAUAAAUAUAU